AUGGGAUCCCUCGGUGACUCUUCAUCACGAGCCCAGUAUUGGCUCCAGGAACUAGUGAGCAAAAGCCAAGUUCUGGACGUGAAUGUCGCCGAUGAGCGGCGCCAGCUAUUUGACCUUGCGCAGAGCUUGUGCUCAGAGCUGGAGACCCCUAUGGAGUCAAUCUACCGCCUGAUUGUCAUCCAGCCUAUACUCUACAUGUCAGUCCGCAUUGCAGUCAACCUCAACCUUUUCGAUGUGUUAGGACAAGAUGGCAGCGCACCUAAGACGGUGAAACAGCUCGCCGCCGCAGUUGGUACCGAUGAAACUCUCUUAGGUCGUAUUCUUAAGAAUAUGGCAGCUAGUGACUUGAUCCAUGAGAUUACGCCGGGCACUUAUGAGCAUACACUUUUGUCAACUUCGCUGUUGAACCUCAGCCAUCGUGAUGGCUUCUUCUUCUGUCACGAUAUCAUGCUCCCGUCAUUCACAGCUACCCCCCAAUUCCUAGCUGAAACCAAAUACGCCAACCCCUCCAGCAUCACCAGCACCCCCUUCCAACUUGGUCACCACACCAAGUUGACUUUCUUUGAGUAUCUUGCCAAGCAUCCUGAGCAGGCGCAGCAGUUCAAUAACUUCAUGGGAUUAUAUGCGACCGACCGGCCUCGCUGGCUGGAUGAGGGCCAUUUCCCCGUCCGUGAGAUUCUUGGCAAAGGAGCCAGCACCGAGAAAGACGCCGUUUUGCUGGUCGAUGUUGGCGGUGGCAAGGGUCACGACUUGGUAAUAUUCCAGAAGCGGUACGGUGAUCUUCCCGGACGAAUGAUCCUGCAGGAUCUGCCUUCUGUGAUUGAGCAGGCUGGUCAGCUUCCUGAGGGGCUCGAGGCAACGGGUCAUGAUUUCUUCAAGGAAAACCCAAUCAAAGCCGCACGAGCAUACUACUUCCAUUCGGUCCUCCACGGCUGGCCCGACGCAGCAUGCGUCGACAUUCUUCGCGCGGUUGCGUCCUCAAUGAAGCGUGGGUACAGUAAACUACUGAUAAAUGAGAUCGUGAUUCCAGAUGAAAAGGCCCAUCGUUUGGGAACCUCGAUGGACUUGCUCAUGAUGACAGUCGUGGCCGCUGAAGAGCGCACUGAGCACAAAUGGCGGUACUUGCUUCCCUUAGCUGGACUGAAGCUGGUGAAGAUCUGGAAGUUCGAGAUUGGUACUGAAAGUCUUAUUGAGGCUGAGCUGGCGGAUGACGCUACUGUGGUCGUUCCUAACGAAUAG